AUGGAGAGCAAGGACAAGCUGUACGGCUCCGUCGGGGAGGCUCCCUCUUCCUUAUGCCCGUCGCGAUGGCCUGGUUCCGAUCAUGAAUCCCAACAGACGCUACUGAAGACACUGAAGGAGAACCACGAAAAAUGGCACAUCUUUUUCAACGAGAAGGGAUUUCACAACCAUACCACCCAUCAUAUCCUGGCCGUUUACGGACUGGGUGCAGCGGGGCCUACAAUCCAAGCUGCGUACGACGUCAACGCUAGUUAUCAGAAACCCGCCUUCAAGGCUCCCGAGCCCAUUGGUCUGCAUAACUUUGAGGACCACCUGGGUAAAGAAGAGUAUUACGGGGCGUAUCGCGACUUCUUCGCUUCGGUUCUGCUGGACAAAGGCAUCCCCUCCACGCUUGAGGAAUAUAUCUUCUCAACGAGAUAUAACUACCACCCGCAGGUUACGGACAAGGAGAAGCAGCCCCGCAUGCUGAGCAGAUUUCUGUCGGGCGUCUUACAUCCUUGGAUUCAUACCGGAUAUGGUGUUGAGUUUAAACUAAUUGGUCAAACAGCCGAAGGCCUCGCUGAGACUGCUGUUCAUGCGGCUAACGCUGACGCUGCUGUCCCUCAGUCUCGCUUCAACAUUGCAUCUCCCGGAUCAGCCUCUAGCGCGGUUUCGCGUCUGACCUCGGCUCUACCCUCUCUGUCUCUGGGCUCAAACGGGCAGUCUGCGAAGGCGGAGGGGAAAAACGCAUUUACCGUUGUCUCGUCUUUGCUGUCAGACCCGUUAUGUAUCAUGGCCAGUGAGGGACCUAACGUGGGCAAGACACCGGAUGAAAUUGAAGAAGUCGUCGCUUCACUUAUCAAGAAGUCGUUCGAGCAGUGCGGCGAUAUUGUCCGGAAGGCUGCAGAGGAAUGGCUGCCAGUCGAUGGACCAGAGCCGAGCGAGCAGGCACUGAAUAGCAAGAUGGAAGAGAUGAUAUGGACGAACGUCUCUCUGUAUGCCAUUUGCGGGUGGAGCGACGCGAAACAGUUCAAUGCGGACUUCUUCCUAAUGCAUCUAGUCACUUCUGCGCUCUUCCUGCCUAGCCUACUUGCACCGUCUGUCCUGCCCAUGCGCUCCCGAAGGUUGCUCCUCCACUCGUACUUCACCACCUGCGUCUCUACCUGGAUAUCCCGCGGCCGCCCCGCUCUCGCCAUCCGUGACUUCAUGACACGUACCGACCCCCAUUUGACUCCCCCUGGGCCCAAGCCCGAGCCUCACAAGGAUGCAUUACCGCCCCACAAUGCGAAGCUGCAGACUAACGCUAACGCGUGGCUUCCGAUUGUGCACAGCACACUCGCCCAUCCCGACGAGCAUCUAUGCAAAAUUCAGCGCGCCCUCGCGCAUUUUGCUUCCCUGUAUGGGAACCGUCCGAAGGGCUACUGGAAGACACAGCGGACGGAGAAUCUGGACGGCUUGGAAGAGCUUGACGGAACUCUUUUCGCUAGGGCGGCGGGCCUCACGGCGAAUAGGCUCGGCUGGAUGAUGGACGGCGAGGAGAAAGGAAGCUGGGAUUUCGACGGAUUCUUUGAGCACGACAAGGCGUAG